AAGGCGCCGGACGGGACGCGGCUCGGCUGGCACCUGCCGCCGCGAGAGGGCCGCCGAAGGGCCCCGACCGAUCGGCCACGGCGAUGGGGAAGCUGCCGGUGGUGCCGCUGCUGAUCAACCUGGGCGGCUCGGCGCUGGGCUGCUGGGCCACGCUGCGCCUGAUCCCCGCCUUCCGCGAGCACUUCCUGGCGGCGCGGCUGUGCGGGACCGACCUGAACAAGCCCUCCCGGCAGCCUGUCCCCGAGUCGCAGGGCGUGAUCAGCGGCGCCGUCUUCCUGGUGCUGCUCUUCUGCUUCAUCCCGGUGCCCUUCCUGAGCUGCUUCGCCGGGGAGCGCUGCCAGGCCUUCCCGCACCACGAGCUGGUGGCGCUGGUGGGCGCCCUGCUGGCCAUCUGCUGCAUGAUCUUCCUGGGCUUCGCCGACGACGUGCUCAACCUGCGCUGGCGGCACAAGCUGCUGCUACCCACCGCCGCCUCCCUGCCGCUGCUGAUGGUCUACUUCACCAACUUCGGGAACACCACCAUCGUGGUGCCCAAGCCCUUCCGGGCACUGCUGGGCACCUACCUCGACCUGGGAAUCCUCUACUACGUGUACAUGGGCAUGCUGGCCGUCUUCUGCACCAACGCAAUCAACAUCCUGGCCGGGAUUAACGGUCUGGAAGCCGGGCAGGCCCUGGUGAUCGCGGCCUCCAUCAUCACCUUCAAUAUUGCGGAGCUGACAGGGGAUUGCAAGGAUGACCACGUCUUCUCCCUCUACUUCAUGAUUCCCUUUUUCUUUACCACGCUGGGGCUGCUGUACCACAAUUGGUACCCGUCCCGUGUGUUUGUGGGAGACACCUUCUGCUACUUUGCUGGCAUGACCUUUGCGGUGGUGGGCAUCCUCGGGCACUUCAGCAAGACGAUGCUUCUCUUCUUCAUCCCGCAAGUGGCUAACUUCCUCUACUCGCUGCCUCAGCUUUUCCACAUCAUCCCAUGUCCCCGCCAUCGGUUGCCCAGAUUCAAUGGAGACACAGGGAAGCUGGAGAUGAGCUACUCGAGAUUCAAGUCAAAGAAACUCUCUCCUUGGGGAGUAUAUACCCUCAAGGUAGCUGAGAAGCUCUGCCUGGUGGAUGUGCGUCAGGGAACGGACAAAGAUGGAGAAUUUACAGAAUGCAAUAACAUGACCCUGAUUAACUUUGUGCUGAAGCUGAUAGGACCAACCCCUGAACAAAAGUUGACGGUUCUGCUGCUGCUAAUCCAGGUUGCUGGUAGCUUGGUAGCUUUUGGUAUCCGGUACCAGCUUGUGCGGCUGUUUUAUGACGUCUGAGCUGACAUGUGGCCAUUUGCUGCUCCUCUGUCCCUGUUGUCCAUUCCACCUGAGAAAAGCCUGAAUGCUGCCCUGCCCAGGGCACUUCUAAGCUCCUGCCAGAAGUUGGGAUGCUGCUGCUGCUGCUGCUGCUGCCGGAAAGAUCAUACCAACCAAAGGGCCCAACUGUCGGCCUCUCCUGACGCAGCUGGGAAGCAACAUUUGGGCCUCUUGCAUCCUUUUGGGAGGGACUCUAACGGAGUCAACACCUGUAGCAACAGGUGAAGCAGGGGGCACUCAGCUUUAUAAAUGGUUCCUUGCCUUUUACUCCAGGGGAGGACUUGAUUUUAGUUUCUUCACUCUGGGCUGAAAGAACUUCUUGUUGUUUGAGAUACUGCUCCAAAGCCUGUUUAGAACUGCUGUACUACCACUUACCCCACAAACUUUGCUGGGUAUAAAUUUGUACUGUGUUUUUCUACA